AUGGGAGAGAAUCAGAAGAAGAAAAUCUCAAUAAAUCUGAAAUAAGUCAGGUGUUUGAGAUUGCACUUAAACGGAACUUGCCUGUGAAUUUUGAGUCUUUCCCUCUGAAACAGGUGGCCCGGGAAAGUGGCCCACCCCACAUGAAGAACUUUGUGACCAAGGUUUCAGUUGGGGACUUUGUGGGGGAAGGUGAAGGGAAGAGCAAGAAGAUUUCAAAGAAGAAUGCUGCUAUAGCUGUUCUUGAGGAGCUGAAGAAGUUACCACCCCUGCCUACAGUUGAGCGAGUGAAGCCCAAAAUCAAAANUUCUACAUUAUUUCUUCUUCAGCUGCAGACAAGCACAGAGUAUAGCCAGGGCAUGAAUCCGAUUAGCAGACUGGCCCAGAUCCAGCAAGCAAAGAAGGACAAGGAGCCGGAGUACGUGCUCCUCACAGAGCGGGGCCUUCCGCGCCGCAGGGAGUUUGUGAUGCAGGUGAAGGUUGGAAACCAUACUGCAGAAGGAGCAGGCACCAAUAAGAAGGUGGCCAAACGCAAUGCCGCUGAGAACAUGCUAGAGAUCCUUGGUUUCAAAGUCCCGCAGGCUCAGCCCACCAAGCCAGCACUCAAGUCAGAGGAGAAGACACCAAUAAAGAAACCAGGGGAUGGAAGAAAAGUAACUUUUUUUGAACCUGGCUCUGGGGAUGAAAAUGGGACUAGUAAUAAAGAGGAUGAGUUUAGGAUGCCUUACCUUAGUCAUCAGCAGCUGCCUGCUGGAAUUCUUCCCAUGGUGCCCGAGGUCGCCCAGGCUGUAGGAGUCAGUCAAGGACAUCACGCCAAAGAUUUCACUAGGGCAGCUCCAAAUCCUGCCAAGGCCACGGUAACUGCCAUGAUAGCCCGCGAAUUGUUGUAUGGGGGCACCUCGCCCACAGCUGAGACCAUUUUAAAGAAUAACAUCUCUUCAGGCCACGUACCCCAUGGACCUCUCACAAGACCCUCUGAGCAACUGGACUAUCUUUCCAGAGUCCAGGGAUUCCAGGUUGAAUACAAAGACUUCCCCAAAAACAACAAGAACGAAUUUGUAUCUCUUAUCAAUUGCUCCUCUCAGCCGCCUCUGAUCAGCCAUGGUAUUGGCAAGGAUGUGGAGUCCUGCCAUGAUAUGGCUGCACUGAACAUUUUAAAGUUGCUGUCUGAGUUGGACCAACAAAGUACAGAGAUGCCAAGAACAGGAAACGGACCAAUGUCUAUGUGCGGGAGGUGCUGAACCUUUUCUGGCCACAAACCAUUAUAAAAUCCCAACAUAUAUACUGAAAAUACUGAAACUGCUUUGAAAAUUUGGAAUUUCUGAUACCUCCAGUGGGCCGAGAAACAUGGUGGGUAAAGAACGUGGCAGCAGUGGUGAAGACAGCAGAGACCUGAGGCAGCCAUGGCCAGGCUGGACCGUGCUGGGGUUCGUUGUGACCUGUGGUCCCCACACAGAAGCAGCUGCCUAUGGGGAAGGAGGGGCCUGCCCAACAGCCUGGCUCCACUGGGACACCAGCAGGUCCAUGUCCCCGGGCAACUCAGGGCUUGGUUUUUUUUU